GCCCGUCCCCCUCUGCACGCGCUCUGCCCCAACACGCUCUGCUCUACCCGCACUAAUUGGACGGGUUGUUUGAAACGGGGCUCCAGCAGCACCUCGCAGCCGCCCGCCCGCUCUCCUUCUCCCUGCUCCACCACACACUCCUCCACCAGUCUCUCUCUCAGCCCGAGCACUGACUGAAACCGCUCCAUCAGGGCAUAUCUGUCUGUACACGGUCUGAAACACAGCAGCAGCAGCAGUAUGGGUCCCACGCUGGUCAUCCUCUUCCUCUCAUCCACUCUGUACGGCUUCGUUCACAGCCAAGAGACCACAGAUCCUAUCUCACUGGAUGACUGCUGUAAAGAUGGCAAAGAAAAGGGCUUGCAAUCCCAGGAUUGCACAAGGCUCCCUCUCAUUUCAGAAUCUACCACCUGCAGAAUAGCCCAGGAACAGUGCUGUGCUGCAGUACUGGAGGACAAUAGCUGCACUAAUGGUAUCAAUAUGGCCAAAGACCAGGGUACCUGUGAUGCCCUUCUGUCCGGGAGCACAUGCGAGACCAAAACUGCUAAGGUGUGUUGCGAGUGCUGUUUGCUUGGCAGGGCAGCAGAGGAGCAGGGCUUGUCCUGUGACUUUUCCCUGACUGUAAGCUAUCAGUGUGGUCUGGUGUCCCGGGCCUGCUGUGUGGACAAAUCACCAGAGACUGAUGGAAACUCUACUCAAGGAGCUGCUGUUCCCGAUGUAGAGUGUAAAGUUGGAGCAGGGAACUGUGCUCAGCGCUGUGUGGGGAAUAAUACCUGUGCCUGCUUUGCUGGGUACAAGCUCAAGCCAGAUGGGAAAAACUGUGAAGACAUUAACGAGUGUUUGCUGGGUUCUCAUCACUGUCGUCCUGGUGAACGCUGUAUCAACACAAUGGGGUCGUACCGCUGCCAGAGGGAGGUCAGCUGUGGCACAGGAUAUGAGCUCACUGACAGCAACAGCUGCAAAGAUAUUGAUGAGUGUGAGACCAACACUCAUAACUGUCCUAAGGACUUUGAGUGCCAGAACACACCAGGCUCCUUCCGCUGCCAUCCCAGCGCACAGUGCCAGGCAGGAUACAUACAGGAUGCUCUGGGCAGUUGCAUCGAUAUAAAUGAAUGCCUGAGUGUUGCAGGGCCAUGUCCGUCUGGUCAGCUGUGCAUCAACACCGUUGGUUCAUACACCUGCCAGAGGAACUCUGUUAGCUGUGGUCGUGGCUACCACCUUAAUGAGGAGGGCACACGCUGUGUGGAUAUUGAUGAGUGUGCAGGGUCAGAUAAUGCCUGUGCUGGUCACGGCUGCAUUAAUCUGGUGGGCUCUUACCGCUGUGAAUGCAGGAGUGGCUUUACCUUUAACAGCAUCACCAGGGUCUGUGAGGAUAUAAAUGAAUGCAGGCAUUUUCCUGGUCGCCUGUGUGCACACAAGUGCGAUAAUGUUCUGGGCUCCUACAAGUGCAGCUGCACCACAGGCUUCAAGCUGGCCAGUGAUGGAAGGAACUGUGAUGAUCUUAAUGAGUGCGAGAGCAGCCCCUGCAGUCAAGAGUGUGCCAAUGUUUACGGCUCCUAUCAGUGUUACUGCCGCCGUGGCUACCAGCUGAGUGAUGUGGAUGGAAUUACAUGUGAAGACAUUGACGAGUGUGCUCUGCCCACUGGAGGACAUAUAUGUUCUUAUCGAUGCCACAACACACCAGGCAGCUUCCACUGCACGUGUCCCGCUAAAGGCUACACCCUCGCCCCCAAUGGACGCAGCUGCCAGGAUGUAGAUGAGUGUGUAACAGGAACACACACUUGCUCAGAGACAGAGAGCUGUUUCAACAUUCAGGGCGGAUUCCGAUGCCUAAACUUCGAUUGCCCACCCAACUACAGGCGCUCUAGUGAAACCAGGGCAAGGGUCGACCGCUCCGACACCAUCCGCUGUAUAAAGUCCUGCCAGCCCAAUGACAUCACGUGCGUGCUGGACCCGGUUCACUCUGUGUCGCACACUGUCAUCUCCCUGCCCACCUUCAGAGAGUUCAACAAACCAGAAGAAAUCGUUUUCCUGAGAUCUGUGACCCCAUCCCAUUAUCCACAUAUGGACUCCCCAGAACUCAUCUAUGACAUUCAGGAGGGAAACAUCCACAACUCGUUUGACAUCAUUAAGCGUGUUGAGCAUGGCAUGAUUGUGGGUGUUGUCAGACAGGUGAAGCCGCUGGUUGGCCCAGCGAGCACGGUUCUGAAGCUGGCUAUGAAUUACGUCAUGAACGGAGUCGUCUCUCACAGAAACAUCAUCAACGUCCACGUCUUUGUCUCUGAAUUCUGGUUUUAAGCAAACCAUUCCUCUCUACCAGUGAUCAGUGAUACUCAUUUUAGGUGUACAUUUAGAAAGCUUUGACUGUGCACACUUACACUGGUGCACUUACACUUACCGAAUGAUUAAUGGCAAAUGUUUGCAUGCCAUGCAGUGGUAUCAUGUGUAUCCAUAGGUAGCUUUUAGGUGAGAACAUAGCAGCUUUGCCAUAAGGUCUACAAAUAUGACAUAAAACACACUGACUGCUGAUUUGUGUGAAUAAUCUUCAUAAUAAUCUUCCUGCUCGAAUAUAAAUGGAUACCUAAAAUAAAAUAAAGAAACCUAUAUAAUACCCACAAACUCAAUCACAUAAAGAACAUGAAUGCAGGUAAGAAAUGAACUUUGCAUGCAUUCAAUGUCUUUAUCUUUUUUUAUAUAAAUCAUCAUGUUUUAAUUCUUGUUGGUGAGGAAUCACCACUUGCUGCUCUGUUGCUUUUUAUUGUAUGAUCAAAAAGCACAUCUUGUCCUUUUUUAUGAUUUUACAUAAUGUAUUACAUGCAUGUCCUUUGCUGCACCUGCCUUUGGGAGUUAGACUGAAGGCACUGCGACUUCCAGAAGGUGGAUCCAAGACGACUGUUAAAUGAAGGAGUUUGAUCACACAUUAACUGAUUAACUGUACUCUUGUGUAUACGACAGCUUUUCAUUAUGUAUGUAACACAACGUGUGGCAUUAAAAACAGUUUUUAUUUCCAA